UUUUAAUAAACUAUACUCCGUUAUUGCACCUGCUGCGACUAUGAUGGGCGUCAAAUUCGAACCACUUCAUACCAGGAGCGAGAGGGUUAAAACUGGGAGGGGAUCACUCUCUGGAGCCUGACGUAUCCAGCACAGUCAUUGCAGAACUGGGUUGCAACGUUAUUAAAAGCUGCAUAAUACCGCUGGAUCAUCGGCGUUGCAUGCAUUUAAAUACAGGCAUCCUCCCAGGCCUAUUGAAGGCGACUGGAAUGCUUUUUCACACCUCUACAACGUUAACAGGAAAUUCGGACUUAUUUACUUGGUUUCUAUAUCUGUACAGAGGGCGUUGCAGGAAAGACAGAAAGUGACAUGCCCUUCAUUCGUAGCCGGACGCGGUUAAUUCAGAAUGGUGCAUUUUAAUUUGUGUAUCUAGAAUACGCGGAUUUUGGUAUAAUUGUUGUGAUAACGGCGGAUACGACAAUAUCUAUUACAAAUCGAUCAAAACGGAUGCUAAAAUGCGAGGUGCCAAGUCGAUUUGAGCGGGUGGAUGGCCAAUCUGAUGUUAACAAUUGCGUUUCUCCCCGCGACUGCCGCGUUGCUAUGCUGUGAAGCUGGUCGGGAAGACCGGGCACUCGAGCCAUGCUUCCCGGGGUCGGCGUGUUUGGCACCAGCUUGACUGCGCGUGUGAUUAUCCCUCUUCUGAAGAACGAAGGAUUCGCCGUCAAGGCUCUAUGGGGACGGACUCAGGAGGAAGCAGAGGAGUUGGCCAAGGAAAUGGAUGUACCGUUUUAUACCAAUAGAAUCGACGACGUUUUGCUGCAUCAGGAUGUGGAUUUGGUGUGCAUUAACCUGCCUCCACCUUUGACGCGGCAGAUUGCUGUCAAAACAUUAGGUAUCGGUAAGAAUGUGAUCUGUGACCGAACCGCCACCCCACUGGAUGCCUUUCGCAUGAUGUCGGCCGCCCAGUACUACCCCAAGCUGCUGAGCAUCAUGGGAAACGUACUGCGCUUCCUUCCCGCCUUCGUACGCAUGAAGGAGCUAGUGGAGGAGGGCUAUGUGGGGGAGCUGCUGGUCUGCGAGGCCCAGGUCCACAGCGGCAGCCUGUUGGGUAAGAAGUACAACUGGAGCUGUGACGACCUGAUGGGUGGUGGGGGGCUGCACUCGGUAGGCAGCUACAUCAUUGACCUGCUCACCUUUCUCACGGGCCAGCGGGCGGCCAAGGUGCACGGCUUCCUCAAGACCUUCGUCAAGCAGACGGAGCACAUCUGCGGCAUCCGACAGAUCACCAGUGACGACUUCUGCACCUUCCAGAUGGUGCUGGAGGGCGGCGCCUGCUGCACCGUCACACUCAACUUCAACGUGCCUGGUGACUUCCGCCAGGAGGUGAUCGUGGUGGGCACGGUGGGCCGGCUGACGGUCAGUGGCACGGACCUGUACGGCCAGAAGAACACCACGGAGGGAGGGCCGGAGCUACUUCUGAAAGACAGCACCCCUCUGGAGAAGGCCUCCCUACCGGAGAAGGCUUUCAGUGACAUCCCUUCGCCCUACCUGACAGGAACCAUCCGUAUGGUGCAGGCGGUGCGUCAGGCCUUUGAGGACCAGGACGACCGGCGCACGUGGGAUGAAAGGCCGCUGACUAUGGCGGCCACAUUUGAGGACUGCCUGUACGCACUUUGCGUGGUGGACACCAUCAAGAAGUCCAACCAGUGCGGCGAGUGGCAGAACAUUGAGGUAAUGAAAGAGGAGCCCGAGGUGAGCCCGGCGUACCUUAUCAGCGAGGCCAUGCGGCGCAGCAGGAUGUCUCUCUACUGCUAGCACUGGCACCUAAAUGGCUGUCUGGUGCUAGAGACUGGGGGUGAGAGAGCUGUCACUGUGCCCUCAUUGGUUCGCUACCCUAAAAAAAGAUGUGAACAGUGAUGAACUCUCUCCAAUCUCAUUGUCCUCUCUUCUGCAUGAUCUAUUCUGGAAUCACUAAGCCGCGCAUCGUGACUCUGAGAAAGUGGAGGAAUAAAGAGCACCUCCAAAAAGAAAAAGGCGUUGCUAUGGAUGCUACACUCGGGACAACAGUGGUUUAACUGGACCUCUAGAGAGGUGAAUGUUUAAUCCCCAGGGGGCUUCGGACCCUGUCUCUGUGUAUGUCUGCUGUGUGUGAAACCAGAGAAGAAAAACGCAGAGAAAUCAAUUGUUUGUCUGGUAGGGCUUUUAGUGAGGUCCCCUCCUCCGGUUAAGUAUGCAAUAAAUCCAAUCAGAGCUCCAGGCUAGUGGAAUUAAGUCAUCCUAAGCAAAAAAAAAGUGUGAUGGGUCCCCACUCAUUCGCACUCAGAAUUAUGUCAUCCUGCCUGAAUCAAGGGAAUGCCUUUUUUUGCCUGCUUCUCGUUUUUGUAGUAACGUCCAUAUGCAAUAGACCGACACAUAAUCUGUGGAUGGUGGUGCAAUCCCAUGCUAUGCUGUGAGUAAAACCUAGGCACAUGUUUUCUAUCCCCAUGUUUUCAAUCUCAAGGUCAUGCCUGUUGCUAAGCUAAUAUCCUUAGUUUAGCCAGCUAGGUUAGCGGUGCAUGCGAUUAAAGCUUCUUACACAACAGCAGCGAUGUAGAGUGAAACAAUCAGUAAUAGUGUCCCUCUGGGUUAGUGCAUGAAUGGGACACUUCCACGCAUGAAACAUUCCCAUCUGCUUGUAAAGGCUAGUGUUUUGUGACUCUUUAUAGUUUGUGUGAAUAUGUAGCUUAGGACUACUAACAGAAGGGCAAGUAGAACAUGGCCUAUUUUUCUUAAUUUUUUUGAGAAGACCUCUGGUUUUCACCUCAUCACUAUCCACAUCACUAUCCACACAGGUUACAAGAGAUAAUGGUAGUACAGUAGCAUAAAUUCACGAAGCCAAAAACAUUUUUGUAUUUUAUUCAAGCUCGAUCUUAUUGUUUCCCCGAUGUUGAUUGUGUUCUCAAAUUAUGCUACUGUAUAUCACCAUCUGCAUUUGCCUACUUUUCCACGGUCUUGUAUAAUACAAAAAAAGUGAAUAUGGUUUAAAAUGUGUCAUGAUAUAAAUGUACUGUAUGUAUUUGAUCUGUUUUUAAACUAUCUGCAAAAGACAGGAACUGGAACAUGUUUUGAUACACACACUGUUCAGUGUAAAAUUAUUUAUUUUUAAUUUUGGACUGAUUUCGUACUGUGUCUGGAGAAGAAGUCUAGUUCGUGGGUGACAGUUGAGGUAAGAGAGGCCUUCUAGUAUUCAGUUUCUCUGUGUGUUGGUCCAUACUGUGGGAUGUCUGAAGAGAAUGACUUCUUUGGUUGGAGUAUAUAGACAUUUUUUAAUCAUGUGAUCCUAAUUUGUAAUAAAUGUUGAUAGGUGCAGCCAUUUUAAGAUUUGUAGCUAUUUAACCGUUAUCAUCUGUCCAGUCGGCCAUUUUGCCCUGUAUUCAUGUUUCAUCGAUGUGAUAUAUUGUGUUUGACAGUGGGUUUUGGAACAUUUCAUAUUCUUCUCACCAUGCUCCAGUUAGUUUAUUUGGCAUUUGUGUCGCGCAAGUUCUUUUUUUCAGUAGCUUUUCAACCAACAAGACAAGCUUCUCACAUACCCACUGACCUUUCCCAAGUUCUGUAAAUACUAUCUCACUCUGAUGGGUGACCGUGAAGUGUUCUGCAUAGAAACAUGAUAAGAUGUCACCUGUUAUACCAUUGCAGAUCAUAAUAGCUUAUCAAUACUGUAGACUUUCCCCUUUGUCCACUGAGGACCUUUUAUACCAUAAACAUGCCUUGAUCUUUUCAAUGAAACCUGGAAAACAUUAUACUGGAAUAAACUCUCCAAAGUUGCACACUAUGGUAUAAGAACCCCCCGGUUACUUGAUGGACUUUGCCAUUUAAAGGAUGGAGAUAUAGAGCAACGUCUAAAGAUGUGCUCGUUCCAACUCUCUCUGUUAGUCCCCUAUAUUCCUAUCCCGGGUCAAGGGCCUUGUUUCAAACGAUGCUCCUCUAAAGCUGCACCCAGAGAACAGGAGAGGAAGUCCCCUGUUGAGGCCUUAUAGGGAGGAUGUAGGAACAGUGGUUUAGUCCCCAGUCUUUCCGUCUGGAUAAAACUCUAUAGCUUUACAUAUAUGACAGGAAAGAAAUGGGGACUAAAUUAAAUCAAACACUUGAAGUAAACCCUUGCGAACACUUGACAUUAUAACGUAUGCUGAAUCAAACUUAUUAUCAUGUAAUAUCAAUGUAGGGGAGAAAGGAUCAAUGCAAAGUAGAGAGGAGCCCCUUUGCCGGUUUGAUCCAGCACCCAUGUGUAUUUAGGCUUAAUCCUACAUCUUGCUAAGGUGCUGUAGAGUAGUCCUCCUCAAACCUCUCCUCUGGAAACCCCAAAUGUUUUCCUGAUUCACCUCGUCAAGGGUUGCGUUUCUCUGCCCAGACAUUGAUGACGCAUGUCAGUUAUUACAAUUCCUGGAUGGGUAUUUUGCGUAUCAGAUAACCACAUAUGUUAGAGCAAUCUGGUGCCCGACAGGCACAGUUGAUGAGGUGGCACGUGACCAUUGGUUGAGUCAUGCAACUUCUGACCAGGGGAAUGCAACCAAGGGCUUGACGAUUAGUUGAAUCAGGUGGAAUAGAUCAAAUACGUGGAAUGGCUGGUGGUCCCAGAGGACAGGUUUGAGGAUCACUGCUGUAGAGGCACCUUACCAUUUUCUUCUACACUGAACACUGAACAAAAAUAUAAACGCAACAUGCAACAAUUGCAAGGAUUUUACUGAGUUAUAAUUCAUGGAAGGAAAUCAGUCAAUUGAAAUAAAUGUCUCGGGCCCUAAUCUAUGGAUUUCACAUCACUGGGAAUACAGAUAUGCAUCUGUUGGUCACAGACACCUUAAACGAAAAGGUUGGGGCGUGGCUCAGAAAACCAGUCAGUAUUUGGUGUGACCUCCAUCAUGCAGCGCGACUCCUUCGCAUGGAGUUGAAUCAGACUGAUUGUGGCCUGUAGAAUGUUGUCCUACUCCUCUUCAAUGGCUGUGCGAAGUUGCUGGAUAUUGUCGCAACCUGGAAACCGCUGUCGUACACAUCGAUCCAGAGCAUCCCAAACAUGGGUGACAUGUCUGGUGAGUAUGCAGGCCAUGGAAGAACUGGGACAUUUUCAGCUUCCAGAAAUUGUAUACAGAUCUUUGUGACAUGGGGCCCUGAAUUCUGCCAGGUCGCAGUUGCAAAUGAGAACUUGUUCUCAACUAGCCUACCUGGUUAAAUAAAGGUGAAAAAAAAAUAAUACAUCUCAUUCUGAAACAUGAGGUGAUGGUGGCAGAUGAAUGGCACGACAAUGGGCCUCAGGAUCUCGUUACGGAUUCUAUGUGCAUUCAAACUGCCAUCAAUAAAAUGUAAUUGUGUUCGUUGUCCGUAGCUUAUGCCUGCCCACACCAUAACCCCACCGCCACCAUGGGGCACUCUGUUUACCACGUUGACAUCAGCAAACCACACGCCCACGCAACGCCAUACGUUGCCAUUUGCUAGGUACAAUUGAAACCAGGAUUCAUCCAUGAAGAGCACACUUCUCCAGCGUGCCAGUGGCCAUCAAAGGUGAGCAUUUGCCCACUAAAGUCGGUUACGACGCCAAAAUACAGUCAGGUCAAGACCCUGGUGAGGACGACGAGCAUGCACAUGAGCUUCCCUGAGACGGUUUCUGACAGUUUGUGCAGAUAUUCUUCAGUUGUGCCAACCCACAGUUUCAUCAGCUGUCAGGGUGUCUGGUCUCAGACGAUCCCACAGGUGAAGAAGCCAAAUGUGGAGGUUCUGGGCUGGCGUAGUUACACGUGGUCUGGACGUACUGCCAAAUUCUCUAAAAUGACGUUGGUAGAGAAAUUAACAUUACAUUCUCUGGCAAAAGCUCUAGUGGACAUUCCUACAGUCAGCAUGACAAUUGCACUCUCAUUCAAAACUUGAGACAUCUGUGACAAAACUGUACAUUUUAGAGUGGCCUUAAAUUGUCCCCCGCACAAGGUGCACCUAUGUAAUGAUCAUGCUGUUUAAUCAGCUUAUUGAUAUGCCACACCUGUCAGGUGGCUGGAUUAGCUUGUCAAUGGAGAAAUGCUCAUGAACAGCGAUGUGAACAAAUGUGUGCACAACAUUUGAGAGAAAUAAGCUUUUUGUGCAUAUAGAACAUUUCUGGGAUGUUUUAUUUCAGCUCAUGAAACAUGGGACCAACACUUUACAUGUUGCGUUUUAAAUUUCUGUUCAGUGUAACUAUCCAGGCCAGUUGAUGUAAAAUGGGUUGGGUAUUUAAGUUGUUGAAUAUUUAAUGUCUGAAAUUAUAAGAUUUCAUGCAUCUGAUGUCUGCUGAUUUGAUUUAUACAUUUGAAUUUAAUCCGGGGGUGUCAAACUCAUUCCACGGAGGGCCUAGUGUCUGCAGGUUUAGUUUUUUCCUUUCAAUUAAGCCCUAGACAACCAGGUGUGGGGAGUUCCUUACUAUUUACUUAAUUCAUCAGUCAAGUUCAAGGGAGGAGCGAAACCCGCAGACACUCUACCCUCCUUGGAAUGAGUUUGACACCCGUGAUGUAAUUUCUUUAUGGCAUUUUUUUUAUUUUUUAUAAAGUGUAUGUUUCGGGUAUCAGCUAAUAUUGGUUAUGUUUUAUGAUCAAAUGGAUAUGGAUUUGAAUGGACAACUGCUGUAUUACCAUCAAAGCUGCAACACCUGGAGUAUUACUACUGCGGUCAAUACAACUGGAAGACGUGUAUCACUGUACCUGAAGGUAUUACCCUGAGAGCACUGUAGGGGUGCCGUUGUCUGAGACACUGUAGUCACUGUCUGUCUAGUAUGGGGGGGGGGGGAAGAAGACCAGUCACAUGACUUAUUGUCAUUGCUCACUUCGCUUGGGGGUUCUUACAAUGCAUCCAGCUCUUGGCUUCAAAAAAGAACAAAACUUGAAACACGGGGGAGAUGUUACAGUUCAAAAUGUUAAGUGUGUGUGUUGCUGAAAUGUAUAUAUUUUAGAUCUCCUUGCUGUGCCAGCAUUUACAAACACUUGAGGAGAUUGGGGUUUCCUGCUUCAGUAUAGCUAGUAAUCUAGCUAUGUGUGAUAGAUUUGGGAAACAAAGACUCAAAUGUGGUUUGGCCACCUGACUCUGCAAUUCCCCUCCCCCUCUCCCUGCCAUCAGUGCCCUAAGGGGGUCACUCUGUUCAUAAUGAGAGAAGCAACCUCAAAGAAGGUGCUUCUUGUGCACCCUCAGUUCGUCACCUAGCAACCACUGUGGCAGCCACUGUGCCAAAACUCAGCCCAUCUUGGAUUUUUUCCCCCCACUCAUUCUCUCUCCUUUUCCUGUCUCUGUUCUGUCUGUGUUUUGUGUUUCACUGACACACUUUCUUCCUCUCUCAACAUUUCUCUUCUUCACUCUCUUUUAUUCUGUCUGUCUGCCUCUCUCUCACACACACACACACACACACACACACAGCCUGGAAGACAAACUCACUUGGUGCUUCUGCAGACCUCUGCUACCUUAGCAUUUAGUUCACCAUUCUGUUUAAAGAGCCUCUUAUAUUUAAGCUGUAAGAGGACAUAUGAUAUUGAUAUAUUUCCCCCACAUUUCACCUACCAUACAAAGUGUCCUUUGUCAUUCAUUAUGUCACAGACAAAGCAACCACUGGGCAAGGAAGCUUACAUUAAGCCUGCUUAUUUUGAUGAAAAAAUAAUUGUUGUUGUAAUUGUAUUGAUGAUGAUGACAAUGGUCAUUUGAUAUGUUAUGUCUUAUCUCAAUGUAGACAUGAUGACAAUAGUUAGUUAAGCAAAUGACUACUGCUGUUAGUUGGGUGACUGUUUCCCUUCAUACUGAGGAAACCCUAAACUCUUCUCCUACUUGCCCUAGUGUCCAUUUUCUUGACUCCAGGCUGGAGUAGCCAAUCAGGCAGUAGCCAAUCUGGUAGUCCCAGACUCCCGGCCCCUUUUGUUUACUGGGCUCAUUAGGUCAGAAGUGGUGACUAUGGUGACUGCUGAAAAGGGUGACACACGCACACCGGACCCCUCCCCAACAGGUUAGUAAAUGCUGAUAAUCAGUUUGCUGUACCGUUCAAUUUCUUAGUUCAUGUUGAAGGAAAUAUCCGUCUUGAUGCUGUAAUGAUGUUUGUUGACUAUUUAUUAUACUAUAAGUAUAUCGUGGACGCAUGGACCUUUGUAAAUAUUUUGAACCAAUAGGCUCAUAUUAAUCAGUCUUAAACUAGAGAAUGUACUGUAGGAAUAUAUUUAUAUCUAUAUUUUCUAUAUAUCAGAAAAUGACAUUUGUGAUUUGGGAGUUGGGUUGAGAAGAGGUGGUGGGUGUCACAUUAAUAACGGUCCUCAUUUCUCUCUUUGUGGAAUAUGGAAAGGCACGAUCAUGUGCAUCUCAGAGUCUUCAUUCCUUGGGCUGGCUCUGUGAACCCUUUGUCAGUGUUCUACUGUUUGAUCUCCCCGCUCCAGUGCUCUGCAUCGCUAUUGUGUAUGUGUGUGUUAAUAGUAAGCGAAAGUGUGUGUGUGUUGCUGGGGGGGGGAUGUGUCUUGUUCUGAACACAUCACCCUGGUGUUCAUGAAAGCCUGCAACAUGGUUUACCGCUUUAAAAUUUGUCCGAUGCUGCAGUUUAGGGAUAAAAAAAAAUUGAUACCUACCUA